AGCCUUAUUUAUUACACUCCAAAGUAUAAAACCGCCUGGCCGGCUGCAGCUCUCAUCUCCAGCCCUGGCAUCUGCCCGAGGAGACCACGGCGCCUGGAGCCCCGGCUGUCUUCUCCAGGAAGCUUGUGGCUCUGUUGAGAAUCAUGCCGGGAAGGCAGCUCUUCUGUUGGCACCUGCUGGCUUUGCUUUUCCUCCCAUUUUGCCUGUGUCAAGAUGAAUACAUGGAGGUGAGCGGAAGAGCUAAUAAAGUGGUGGCGAGAAUAGUGCAGAGCCACCAGCAGACUGGCCGAGGCAGCUCCAGGAGGGAGAAAGUGAGAGAGCGGAGCCAUCCUAACAGUGGGACUGUGGAUAAUAACACUUCUACAGACCUAAAACCCCUGAGACCGGAUGAGCUACCGCACCCCGAGGUAGAUGACCUAGCCCAGAUCACCCCAUUCUGGGGCCAGUCUCCACAAGCCGGAGGGCUGCCCCCAGACUGCAGCAAGUGUUGCCAUGGAGACUAUGGCUUCCGAGGCUACCAAGGCCCCCCUGGACCUCCAGGGCCCCCUGGCAUUCCAGGAAAUCAUGGGAAUAACGGCAAUAACGGAGCCACUGGCCAUGAAGGAGCCAAAGGCGAGAAAGGAGACAAAGGUGACCUAGGACCACGAGGGGAACGGGGGCAGCAUGGCCCCAAAGGAGAGAAGGGCUACCCCGGGAUCCCUCCAGAACUGCAGAUUGCAUUCAUGGCAUCACUGGCUACUCACUUCAGCAAUCAGAACAGUGGGAUCAUCUUCAGCAGUGUCGAGACCAAUAUUGGAAACUUCUUUGAUGUCAUGACUGGUAGAUUUGGGGCCCCAGUGUCAGGGGUGUAUUUCUUCACCUUCAGCAUGAUGAAGCACGAGGAUGUGGAGGAAGUCUACGUAUACCUCAUGCACAAUGGCAACACGGUGUUCAGCAUGUACAGCUAUGAAACCAAAGGGAAAUCAGAUACAUCUAGCAACCACGCAGUGCUGAAGCUGGCCAAAGGGGAUGAGGUUUGGCUGAGAAUGGGCAACGGAGCUCUUCAUGGGGACCACCAGCGCUUCUCCACCUUUGCAGGGUUCCUGCUCUUUGAAACUAAGUAAAUACUUGAAUAGACCAGAUCCGCUGUGGGGAAGACUUGUAACUGAGCUGGUACCAUGAUGAUACGAGGGACAUUAGAGUUGAAGGUCCGACAUGUUAUACAUAAAAAACUCUUUACAUUGUGUUGUUACAUUACUAGAUGCACCAGGACGCUACAGGACUCAGGGGCUCCGAAGAAUGAACCACAAAGCCUCUUCUCAAGGGACUGUAACAAAUACACUCAGCACCUUUAUCACUUUAUCCCUAAAAGAGAGUGCCCUCUGCACACAGGUCCCCAGCAGAGAAAUCAUUUGCCGAGAAUUUUAGCUACUCUGUCUCUAAUAGCAUCUUUUAGGAACCUCUGAGGUUUGGGGGUCAUCUUUCUUGAUACCAUUUCAGAGACUAGGAUGCAUUGAUUAUGAUGGGGCCAGGGCAAGAAGAGGACCUGGGUAUUAGAAACGUUUGUGAAACCUAGGGUAGGAAACAACACUUCGACCUGGUGGGUCAAUAUUCAUCAAUAAAGUAUGUAUGCAUAUAUAUGUAUGUAUGUAUGUAUGUAUAUGUAUAUAUACAUAUAUACAUAUAUAUAUACACACACAGACACACAUAUAUAUAUAUAUUAGGGGUUCAUGUUAACUUUUAGGUAGCAAAAGUAUUCACAUGCUGACAAAAAAAAUACUCCACCUUCUUUAUAAGGAUACUACUGUUAUUAAAUAUUGAUUUUAUUCACUUGUAGUUUUUGAAAUAGAAUUUUCUCAUGAUCCAGAAUUGGGCUUAUUGAGGUAUCUGGCUUUAUCAGACUGGCUCAUUCCCACUUAACAGAUCUUGGUUGACUUUGGUCUGUAGAAUCAGCUGGGUGAGUGCAGGUACAUGUACUACAAUGUAAUCUCCUUUCCUCUCAAUUUAGAAAUCCCCUUAUUGAACUUUACAUACUUGUUAAAGGAGCUGUAACUCAAUUAUACAGAGUCAAACUGAGAGAUACAAAGUAUAAAGAUAUCCCACUUUGGAGAACAUAAGAAAAUCUCAACUUUUUUUUUUAAAUAAAAUAUGAUGAUUGCCUCUGUUACUAUACGUAAAAUUCAGAGUGGUCGUGCCACUGACUUCUGCUUAUUCCUCUGACUUCUGCCUAUUCCUCCCCAAAUAUCUAUUUUUAAGGGAUUACACUUGCCAAUGAAAUGGUAUUCAUGAGACUGUGCUGUAAGUUUUGAAGAUAGUACCAAAAUUGGUUUAUUUUAUCCUGAUACUAGAUAAUAUUUAGAUGGCAUUUCUCCUCUCUGAGAAAUAGCAUAUGAUUGAUUGCUUUAGAAAUAGCUAGACUUGUUUUAUUUUCUGUCACAGUUUGGACAGGAAACUAGGGCUUUAACUUUGGGCUUACUUGUAUCAAUAACCUCCUAAGGCUAGGAGCAGAGAGAAUUUGGUUUAUCCUCUUAGCUAACUUAGUACCCAAUGUCAUAAAUACUUUGUGUAACUGCAAUGGCAAUAGACAUGUGAAUGUUGCUUGCUUCCCAAGUGGAUUUUAGAUCUAAAGAACAUACAUUGCUAGUAAAGUGGCUUAGAGGAAGAUAUUUGCCUGGCUUUAGAUAAAACUGAGACAAGGAAAAUGUAAUAAACAUUAUAUGGAAAUCGACACCCCUUUGUAAAGUGGACUGUUUUAUAAUGUUCUUAAUAAAGUUGAAUAGCUACACAAGUGUAAUUCACUAUGGGUUGUUAACACAAAGCUAAAAUAUUUUCAUGCAGAUAGAUAAGUGAAUAGUCUUACAAUUGAUGACAGAGGCAGAGAGCAGUCACUUAACUAUAAAAACAACACUUUUCAGUUAUUUCAUUGUUAUAACUCCAGCCCUCUGAAACUUUAAGAAAAUGAUAUUUUAUUUUUUGUUAGAGUAACAUUGAUUAUGCCAUUAUAUAAAGUUCAGUGGUUCAUUGUUGAGAAUCAACAUGUGUGUCUACAACAUUAAGUUCACUCCUGAAAGUCCAAAUGUAUCUUUCAUUGUCCUAUUUCCCCCCAAUUUAUUCACUCUCCCUUCCUGCUUCCCUUCAGGUAAGCAUUAACUGGUCUUACAAUACAAAAAUUUUUUUUCAUAGAUUUCAUCCUUUUCAUAGCUGAGUAGUAUUCCAGUCUCUGUGUGUAUGCGCAUAUGCAUAGGUCACAUCUUCUUUAUCCAACGGUUAGUUGAUGUGCUCUUUGGUUACUACCAGUUCCUGGUUAUUAAACAUGGUGUGAUAAUAAACAUG